CGGGUGGUGCAGGGGAAUUCGGAUCCUGAACUAGAACAUUCUGCUGGCCGUCGUCUAGUCCAGUCCCAGGGCCCUACCGGGACCUCUGUCUCUGUCUCUGAUCCCCGCGUCCUAGCGCUGUCUCUCGGGACGCCACGCGGAGCAUCCCACACAGCUGACGCCGCCGUCGAGGGCUCCGGGAGGGAGGCAGGACCUACUACUGCACGGGACCAGAUCCGAGCCACGAACCAUGACCCACUUCAACAAGGGUCCUUCGUACGGGCUCUCGGCCGAAGUUAAGAAUAAGAUUGCCUCCAAAUAUGACCAUCAGGCAGAGGAAGAUCUUCGCAAUUGGAUAGAAGAAGUUACAGGCUUGAGCAUUGGGACAAACUUUCAGCUGGGCUUAAAAGAUGGCAUCAUACUCUGCGAACUUAUAAACAAGCUACAGCCAGGUUCAGUGAAGAAAGUCAAUGAGUCUUCAUUAAACUGGCCUCAGUUGGAGAACAUUGGUAACUUUAUUAAGGCCAUUCAAGCUUAUGGUAUGAAGCCACAUGACAUCUUUGAAGCAAAUGAUCUCUUUGAAAAUGGAAACAUGACCCAAGUUCAGACUACACUGGUAGCUUUAGCAGGUCUGGCUAAAACAAAAGGAUUCCAUACGACUAUUGACAUUGGUGUCAAAUAUGCAGAAAAGCAAGCAAGGCGUUUUGAUGAAGGAAAACUAAAAGCUGGACAAAGUGUGAUUGGCUUACAGAUGGGAACCAACAAAUGUGCCAGCCAGGCAGGAAUGACUGCUUAUGGGACUAGGAGGCAUCUUUAUGAUCCCAAAAUGCAAACUGACAAGCCUUUUGACCAGACAACAAUUAGUCUGCAGAUGGGUACUAACAAAGGAGCCAGUCAGGCUGGAAUGUUAGCACCUGGUACCAGAAGAGACAUCUAUGAUCAGAAGCUAACAUUACAACCAGUGGACAACUCAACGAUUUCACUACAGAUGGGUACCAACAAAGUUGCAUCUCAGAAAGGAAUGAGUGUCUAUGGGCUUGGGCGACAAGUCUAUGAUCCCAAAUAUUGUGCUGCACCAACAGAACCUGUAAUACAUAAUGGAAGCCAAGGAACAGGAACAAAUGGGUCUGAAAUCAGUGAUAGUGAUUAUCAGGCAGAAUAUCCAGAUGACUAUCAUGUAGAGUACCAAGAUGACUAUCCAAGAGAUUGUGAAUAUUAUAGUGACCAGGCCAAUGAUGAUUAGAUUUGCACAGAAAAAGCUCAGUAUUAGUCCAUUGUUUUAUUCAGUGAAAACCAAGCUAGCCUUGUGUAAUUUUUAUCUUGUCUUCCUAAAACACUAUUAUGCUUAUUGUACUUAAAAGAAAUAUUGCCUUACAUACAUUCCUUUUUCCUUUCUCUGCCUCUUCCCUAAAUAGAUGCCUUUUAGUGCUGUAAUAGUUAUAUUCUACAGCAUAAUCAAUAAUUCGCAUAUGAAGUAAAAAGGAAUACUGUGAAAGGAGAGUUCUCUUGUACAGCCAGUUCUUUUCUUAAAAGAUCUAUGCAUUUUUACAAUCUUCUACUUCAACUGGUAUUUUACAAAGGACCACAGGAAACUUUCUUUUUUCUUUUUUUUACAGUUUAGUCCUAUCUGGUUUCUACAUGGAAGACUGAAACUUUCAUGCUUAUUGUUAAAUGUGUUUUUUGCCAACUAAAUCUGAGAUGCAGCAUUUUAGAGAUUUAAAUAUCAUUGUUUCUACAGUAUUGUUUGCUAAUUUUAAAAUAAAGUCAUGAUCAAUGUGCAUUUGUGAUUAAACGUGUAUUCAUUCUAAUCCCUAAGCUGACCAAACACUUAAGGAGUAGUGUUACUAAAGGAGCUUGUACAAAAUGAGCCUGCAGAAGUUUUAGGUUUGGACAGUGAGUGCAUUUACUCUUCCUGUUUGUGCCAAUGUAUCAAUGUAGAGUUGUUGCUUUGUUUUCUUCAGCUGUAUUUAUUGCUGCAUUUCUCAGCAUAAACUGAUCUCAUUGUAUUUUUUAUAAAUAAAUAUUUUUUUUGAACACUU